AUGCAAAAAAGAAACAAGUUUCUAGCAAUAUUGUUAAUAUCACUCUUUUCAGGUCUGUGUAAAUAUGUAAUAUGUUUUAAAUAUAAAAGUAAUGGAUUAUUGAAAGAACAAUAUUAUAUGCCACAACGAAAAAAUAAUAUAUAUAAAAUCAGCAAAAAGGAAAAACCUUUUAUUUUAUACAAUUAUGGAAAAGAAUAUUUUGAAAGAAUAAAAAAGCUAAAUGUUCUUUCUCGAAAUUUGAAUAUUGAUUCAUACCCAUCAACAUUUAUUAAAAGAACUAUAAAAAUUGAUAAAUUAAAAAAAAAAUACGAACAUUUAAAAAAUGGAGAACAUUAUAUUGAUCAAGUCUAUGUUGUUUAUGGGCGAGUAAUGGCCAAACGAAAUAAUGGAAUGUUUUUAAAUAUACAAGAUGAUGUAGGAAUGAUACAAAUAUAUUUAGAUAACAAUAUUAUGCUAAAUCAAACUAAUAUAUCAACCCAAGAUAAGAACCUUUUAAAUAACCCUAAACAGAACCAAAUGGAAAAAUCAUAUUGUGAAGAAAAUUUACAGAAUUAUUUAGACCAAUCUGACGAUAGUAAAAGUAAUGAAAAUCCACAUAAUGAAGAAUUGGAUGAAUACAAAAAUACCCAAGAAAUAUCUGCUAGAAAAAUUAUAGAAGUUGGAGAUUUCGUAGCAGUAAAGGGAUAUAUAAGAAAAUCAUUAAGAGGGGAACUGACAUUACAUACAAAAAAUAUAUAUAUAUUAACAAAAGCUUUAUUACCUUUACCUGAUAAGCAUAAAGGAAUGAAAGAUAUUGAAUAUAAAUAUCGAAAAAGAUAUCUUGACUUUUUAACAAAUAAUGAACAAAAAGAAAAAAUUAUAACACGAUUUAAUAUAAUUCAAGAAGUAAGACGAUUUUUAUUAAAAAAAAAAUACCUAGAAGUUGACACACCAAUGUUACAAUUAGUAGCAGGUGGAGCAUCAGCUAAACCAUUUGAAACACAUUUAAAAUCUUUAGAUUUAGUUUUAUAUUUGCGAAUAGCUCCUGAGUUGUUUUUGAAAAAAUUAAUUAUAAGUGGCAUAUCAGAAAAAAUAUUUGAAUUAAGUAAAUGCUUUCGUAAUGAAGGUUUAAGUACUAUACACAACCCUGAAUUUACCAUGCUCGAAAUUUAUAAAUCUUAUGCUAAUUAUAAAUAUAUGAUGAAAUUUACAAAGAAAUUAAUAAAAAAUGUUGCCAAAAAAUUUUCCAUAUCAUCACCAUAUAGUUCUAUUCUUCAAAAUAAAUGGGAAAAAAAAUCAUUUAUUAAAAUUAUAAAGGAAUAUACUUCAAUAAAUUUUCUUAAACUUUCUUUUGAUCAAGCUUAUGAAAAAGCGAAAGAUUUAAAUAUCACAUUUGAUCAAGAAAAAAGUGCAUUAAAUUGGGGAUUAGUAGUUGAAGAAGUUUUUAAAAAAAAAAUCGAACCAUUUUUACCUAACCAUCCUAUACAUAUUUAUCAUUUACCUUCUGAAACAUCACCUUUAUCAAAAACCUUAAAUAAAAAUAAAAAAUUAUCAGAAAGAUUUGAAACUUAUAUAGGGAAAAUGGAAAUAGCUAAUGGAUACUCAGAAGAAGCUAACACUUUAAUUCAGGAAAAAAAAUUCUGGUUACAACGUUAUUUAAAAAAUAAAAAUUGCAAUAAACAAAAAAGUAAUUUCAUUUCAAAUAAGGAUAAUUAUCAAAAUGAAACAAAUGAUGAAAAUAAUCCUUCUAAAGAUAUUGAUAUUAAAAAAAAAUAUAUAUUCAAGCAUACAAAAAAUGAAAAUCACGAAAUUGAUUAUGAUUACAUAACAGCCUUAGCUCAUGGUUUACCUCCAACUGGGGGAUUGGGCAUAGGAAUUGAUCGACUAUGUAUGUUGCUCACUAACUCUAGUUCCAUAAAAAAUAUUUUGCCAUUUCCUAUAAUAAAACCUAAUUGA